GUUUCUACACAUUUUUUUUCAGCGUAUACGGUAAGGUAACUUAUAGUUCGAGUUAACUGCCCUGCUAUCAGAAAAUUCACAAAAUUUGAACUGAAUUGAGCUGGAUGGUGACACUUACACUGACACUGUUAUUCAAGCUGAAUUGAAUUAACAUUGAACUGACCUGAGCUGAAUAAUGACGCUAUUUACUUCUGUAGAGUUUUGUAACUGAUGACAUUUACAACAUUGGCAUUUAACUGAAGUGAGGCAACACGGAACUAAAUGGAGCUGAAUAACGACACUGUUGUAAAGCUGCUUUUUUACACUUAUAUUUUCCCGUUUAUUCAUGUGAGCUACUUUGAAUCAGUCGUAUUUUAUAAAACGCUAUAUGUGACUUUGACUUGACAGUUAACCAAAUAUACAGGUUUUUACUGUAGCAUUUGUACGUUAAUUUCCUCUCUUUAUUUUUACAGUGUGCGUUGAGGGUUGUAUUUCGGAAGUUAACCGCUGUGAGAAAUAGCUCAGGCAGUAAUGAGCCGUAUCUGUGGAUCAAUAGCUGAUGCUGCGCCGAGCGAAUGUGUGAAAGAAUGCGCGAGGGGUGGAGUUCUGCUCUUUUACUUUCCACUGCACACAGUGCAGACGCAGAAAUCUCACCGCUGUCAGAAGAGUCGCGCACUUGUUCUUUUUCUUGAGUUUUUCAUUUAGCAAAGCAAACGCUUUACGUUUUUUUCUUGUAACAUUGCUGGUUUCUUAAUUUGAGCCCAUCACAGAGCACCCGCGGUCUCCAGCGCUCCUCCAGCACAGACGCUGAUUCUCUGUCGUCCUGCUGCGGUCCUCGCUGGAGCUGUGAGAUUUCAGUAAGCACCGCAGGACCCAGAACUGUAAAACUGUUCGAAGUAGAGAGCUUCCUCUUGUCCAGCGCGCCCAUGGAAGGCGGCGUUAUGGAUAAACUGGAGGACAUGGCCUCAGUGUGCGAGUUCGACCCUAUCACGGGGGAUAUUCCCGCCACCAAAGUGGAGAUCACCGUAUCGUGCAGAAACCUGUUAGAUCGGGACACGUUCUCCAAGUCUGAUCCUUUGUGUGUUCUUUACACUCAGGGAGUGGAGUCUAAGCAGUGGCGUGAGUUUGGGAGAACUGAAGUCAUUGACAACACCCUGAACCCAGACUUUGUGAGAAAGUACAUCCUGGACUAUUUCUUCGAGGAGAAGCAGAAUCUGCGCUUUGACAUAUAUGACAUUGACUCCAAAAGUCCUGAUCUGGCCAAACACCCCUCCGAUUUCAACGACUUCCUGGGUCAGACCUUCUGCACUCUGGGUGAGAUAGUGGGUUCACCAGGCAGUCAUCUGGAAAAGCCUCUGGGUGGCAUCCCUGGGAAGAAUUGUGGUACCAUUAUUCUCACCGCAGAGGAACUCGGAAACUGUCGGGACUGUGCAUCAAUGCAGUUCUGUGCCAAUAAGCUGGAUAAGAAAGACUUCUUCGGCCGCUCUGACCCGUUCAUGGUGUUCUACAGAAGUAAUGAGGACGGAACAUUCACUAUCUGCCAUAAAACUGAAGUGGUAAAGAAUACACUGAACCCCGUCUGGCAGCCGUUCACCAUUCCUGUCAGAGCGUUGUGCAAUGGAGAUUAUGACAGGUCAAUUAAAGUGGAGGUGUAUGACUGGGACAGAGAUGGCAGUCAUGAUUUUAUCGGGGAGUUCACCACCAGCUACAGAGAGCUCUCUCGUGGUCAGAGUCAGUUCAACGUGUACGAGGUGGUAAACCCUAAAAAGAAACUCAAAAAGAGGAGAUACAUCAACUCUGGCACAGUGACACUGCUUUCAUUCUCGGUGGAGGCCGAACACACGUUCCUGGACUACAUCAAAGCAGGCACUCAGAUCCAUUUCACAGUGGCCAUUGAUUUCACUGCAUCCAAUGGGAACCCUUCUCAGUCUACCUCCCUGCAUUACAUGAACCCCUAUCAGAUGAACGCGUAUGCCAUGGCGUUGAAGGCCGUGGGCGAGAUCAUUCAGGACUAUGACAGCGAUAAGAUGUUUCCUGCAUUGGGCUUUGGAGCCAAACUUCCUCCUGAUGGCCGGGUUUCCCAUGAAUUUCCCCUGAAUGGUAAUGUAGAUAACCCAUACUGCAAUGGGAUGGAGGGUAUCCUAGAGGCUUACCACGAGAGCCUGAAGACUGUCCAGCUCUACGGACCCACCAAUUUUGCUCCUGUCAUCAACCAUGUAGCAAGGUAUGCUGCAGCAGUUCAAGACGGCUCGCAGUACUUUGUGCUUCUCAUCAUCACUGACGGUGUGAUAUCAGAUAUGGCUCAGACUAAAGAAGCCAUUGUCAAUGCAGCAAAACUACCUAUGUCCAUUAUUAUUGUUGGAGUUGGCCAAGCUGAGUUUGACGCCAUGGUUGAACUGGACGGCGAUGAUGUAAGAAUAUCCUCAAGAGGAAAGCUGGCGGAGAGGGAUAUUGUACAGUUCGUACCAUUCAGAGACUACAUGGAUAGGACAGGAAACCAUGUCCUGAGCAUGGCACGGCUUGCCAAGGAUGUCCUGGCCGAGAUCCCGGAUCAGUUAAUUUUAUAUAUGAAGUCAAGGGGCAUCAAGCCCAACCAGACACCACCAGACUACAGCCCACCUGGGCUCAGCCCAACCCCCACCGUAUGAGUUUACCCAGCCUGCUGAAAGAAAACAGGCGAUGUUAUGUCACCUCCAAUUUGGAUCUCGUUUAAAAUCCAAUACAACUGAUUCAGUGGGAGGCGUCUAGGAGAGCGGAUGGUUUCAAUUCCCGGUUUUUUGAUCUCAUACACAGGAGAAAUUGAAAACUCUAUCUGUGUUCUGGAGGUUGAACUGAAGAGAACAGUACUUAUUGAUCUGUGAGUUGCUGUCCUCCUCAUAAUUUCUUCACGAAUUAGCCAACAUUUAUAGUUUGAAUCAGUCUCAUUCAGAUUCAUACGUCCAACUUUGCUGGAUAUAUGGAGAAGAUCUGAGCAAGCAAUGCAAUUUUCUGCUUAUUUAAAAUCUCUAACAUCUCAACAUCUAUAAAAACACUCUUGUGUGUCAUAUAGCAUGUGAGGGGGACUGUGUGUUAUAUUAAGAAAAUCUCCCUUGUAUCUGCCAGAGGAGGCAAACAAGAGCACCCCUAGAAAGUGUGAUUUAAAAAAAAAAUAGUGAAACUAUAGGUGGUUGUUUGAAAUAUUAUACCCUGUAGUAUUACAAUUUAGUGAAACUGUUUGAUUUGUUUCUAGAAUUUGUAGAUAGUUGUGUUAUGGUGGUUUGGGCAAAGUCUUUUUAGUACAAAGUUAUAUUUCCCAUUGCAGUGUCCCAUUUAUAGCUUUUUAGAGCCAUGAUAAACAAGAUUUUCUAUUCUAAAGCAUGAAAUCCAGGUAAAAACAAUUGUUCAUGGCAUUAAUACAUUGUAUUAAAUGUAUUUACGUACUUUAGAUGAAAUUAGUUAAGAGAAAUCCACUGUAAAAGUCUAAGAGAAGCACAAAUAUUUUCUUAAAGCUGUAUCAUUUGUAAAUGUUAAUCAGAAGUCACAGAUUCAGAUUCAUUACUGUACACAGACUGAAAUUUCAGGAACAAUCAGCUCACCAAAUUUACUUUAAUUUGCCCCUCUAAUUCCUAAAUACUCCAGAGCCGGAAUAUCUUGAUAUUGUACAGCAGCUCCUCAGACGCAUGUGAGCCAUCAGGGGAAACAUGAGAGAUACCUCGCUGCUCGCUGCUAAAGAUGAUUGGAGAUGAGGCAGCGUCUGCUGUUUCUCUCAUAGCACUGUCUGACUCACCUGCUGUCACGCUUAACCUUAGCUCCCUCAUUCCUGGGAUUUUCUCUGGUGUUUAAAACACUUUUCUAUUCUUCACCAUGACAGGAAUUAUUUUACUGGUUUCAAAAGAUGAAAGACUUAUUGCAUGCAGCUGAAAUUGCAUUACUCGCAGUGCAAACAUAAUGCCGUUUUGUUUCUAGCUGUAAAUAUUUUUUUGCAUUGGCGUAAUAACAGAACAAGCAUCGAGCACAAUUAAUUUCAUAAACUUGCCUUACAUACAGUAAGUUUACAUUAAUAAUGGAUAGCAAACAUAAAUUAGAAACAGUAUUUAAUAUGCAGUAUUAUUACUAAGGAAGCGCAUGUAGAUAACAUAAAACCUUAAUAGGAUUAAGAUAUUCAGUUAAAUCUCAUAACAAUGUUAGCUGUAAGAUUUAUUCUUGUCUAGCAUACAGCCUCUUUUGUCUGAGGUCCAUUUUGAAAAUACAUAAUCACUAUCACAGACAAAUCUGUUUGUAUCAGUAAAUACUGACUGACUUUUUUUGGACAGCAGGGCCGUUUAUACUUGUUCUUACCCACAGUUUUGAUACAUUUUCUCCUUGUCCGGUUAAAUUUUUAUAUCUUUGCUUGUUUGUCAAAACUUGUACCAAUGUUUUAGUUUUAGAACAUGUAUCUGUUAUUUUAGUGUAGAUUAUGAACUGUGAAGAUGAACUGCAGUUUUAUUUUCAAAUCUCCACUGGUCGUGAUGCUACAAAAUCUGCUCCCGGAUAACAAGACAAUGUGUUUAAACACACUUUCUUUUACAGAGUUAUUAGCACACCUGGAGUUACUGAGAAUGAAGUGAUCCAUCAAUCAAUUAGGAGGUGAAGAUUAAGUCUGACAAAGGGAGCAUUGGGUGAAAGGGUUUGUUUGAGAGUGUUAACAGGUGUAUUGAUUUUAAAGGCUUAUUUACUCUUCAUUUUAUAUUGUUAAUGGAUAGUUAAUAACUAGAAGAUAAUAGUCCUUUGACUGUUGAGAAGAACAUUAUUUUUCAUGUUUCUCCUUUAUAUUUAGCUUUUUUUAAUAUUGAAUUCUGUUUCUCAAAUGUAAGCCUGAAAUUUCUACUAGCAUAAAUGUAACCAUUUUUUUUUAAAUCCUGUUUAA